AUGACCAUCACUCUCAACGACCUGCCUGACGACCUGUUGAUCUACGCCAUCGCGUUCCUCUCCGUCCCUGAUAUUCUGUUUCUCCGCCAGACAUGUACACGGUUCAACGCACUCACAAGGCUGGAGAUCGUAUGGAUCAACGCAUUCGAACUCAACAUUCUCUCCAAUGAUUACCCCUGUCCCGUCGAUGACACCGAUCUCGAACAGCGCACAUGUUACGCCUACCGACUCGCAUCUCGAUGGCUCGCAGACUCUCCUCUGACCCCCACGAGCGUCAUAAAAUUCACCGGCUCGCCCAGGAGAUCCCUUACCGUGCUGUCAAUCUGGGAUAUCGCUCGCGCACACAAGUGCUCAGAGUGGUCACCCAAAGGCGGGAAGCUAUUCACCAAGAUAAUUCUUAAUGAGGACCCUGAGUCUGAAGUGAGUAUGGUGGUCGCGUUGGAUGGAUCACAGAGAAUGUUACUCCUCCUCCAUCUCGAUGAUGAUGGAACCUUGCACGAAAUUCACGCCAUUGGGAUCGGCCUCCACCCAAUUAGCAUGACUGGUGACAUCAUAGCUCUCAGCGACCGCAUUUCCAAGACGACGAUCUACAACUGGAAGACAGAGGAGCGCGCCUACCUCGAUGAAGGAGGCGCCAUGCAGCACAACCGCUGCAUCCAUGUCGUCUUUGCCCCGACCUCCGUCGUCGUCGUCCGCGCCCACACUAUCAGUGCCUACGCCUCGCCGCCCCUCUUCGGACAAACCAACACGCCCAUCGUAACAAACCCCUUCGACGAGUUCGGUCGCACCAGUACAACACCAACAUCCCUCCUCAUACUCUCUGAGAUGUACAGACCCCGGACAUUAGAGCCUAAUUUGUUCCAACUGUACUCCCUGGCCUCUGUUCCCCCAACCCUCCUCUCGGAAAGAUUAUCCCGCCAUCGCGUACUCUCAUACGUCGGCAUAGUCCUUGGCCAGCGGGGUACGGCGGUAUGGAUCAGCCCUGAAGAAUGCGCCACGGUGGAGCAUCGUGGCUGCAAAACACUAGUCACCGCCGUAUUCCCCGGUUCGCUCAACCCCACCGCUCAAGUCCGCAUUCAUGAAUUAUGCUCUCAUGCUCCCAAGAAUUGUCAAUGGACUGCGUUCGACUACGAUGAAGAACUCGGGCGGAUCGCCCUCGGUUCGUGGCUUGGAGAGGUUACCAUUCUUCAAUUGUUGUCCCAAAUAUAUCGUAUCCGAUCCCAGGUUUCUGUGUAUCCGUCUACUGCGGAGGUGAGACCGCCUUCAGUAUGGUGUCUUCCAGUUCCCGACCGUUUACCUCUUCCUUAUCAGGCGGGUAUCUUCUGUUUAUCGAUAUUCGCUGGCGUUUUCUGUAACUGGGGAUCGUUAUAA